AUGACCGAUGACAUUUCAUCAUCACCAUCAUCACGAUCGCAAUCGUCAUCAUCACCAUCACCACCAUCACCAUCAUCAUCACCAUCACCAUCACUUUUAUCACCAUCACCACCACCACCACCACUACCACCAUCACCACCACCACCACCAUACAAUUCUCUUCCAUUUAAUGAUGAAAUGAAAUUAACAAACUUUUCAAAAUCCCAACGUUAUCCGGAAUCAGUAGAAAUGUUGCAACAAUCACAAUAUCCAUUAUCACAAUGUUUACGAAAAACUGGCAUCCAAUCACCAAUUAAUCCAGCCGUACAAUCAUCAGUACCAAUCGAACCAAUUAUAAUGCCAAUUAUGAUGUCGCAAACAACAUCAUAUCCUUGCCAACAAAAAUCCGAUAGGCCACUCAAUGUUACAAUCAAUGCUAAUGGUAAAACUGAAGGAAAUAGUUUUGAAAGAGAUUAUAGAAUAUGUAACUUUUGCAAACGUGGAAUUAUGACAAAGAAGAAGUACAUGGCUAUUUUACUUUUAUUUAAUUUGCUACCUUAA